AUGGCGUCACGAUUUUCAGCAGCUCGCCCUAAGCGCGACGGCGAGAACUUUGCGCGUACCCAUCACAACGAAGACGAUUCUGACUCAACUCGGGUCAAGUUCGACGUCCGAAACCCUUCGACACUUGCGCCUGAUGCCCGCGAAGAAGACGCUAUCCUUGACGCAGAUGUCAUUGGUGUGUCUGCAGCAACCAAGCGCGGCGCUGUCAAUCUGGAUGGUUAUGACAGCGACUCAGAUAACGAAACCUUCAAUGCGCGCGCUGAGACUCGCAAGCGAGGCAAAGUCGAUAUUCUCCAGCAACUCGAUAACUAUGACGCCACCAAUACCGAACCUACGGCUCCAGUCACAGCAGCUCGCGACGAUGACGACGACGAUAUGUUUGCUGCAGAUGAUGUCAAAGAGGAGAAAGAGGUCCCCGAGGAGGGCGAUUUCGAAAAGAGCGGUCACAAGAAAGACAGAGUUCGCUUCCUUGAUGCGGAUCAAAUCGUCGGUGUAGAAAACAGCAGCAAAGACAAGGAAGGUAUCCGACUUGACGGGCACGAAACCAGCGACGACGAGGCAGAUGUGGAGCUUGCCAUACAAGAGGAGGGCAUUGACGAGGAGGUCGGCGCGGGAGGGCUUAAAAAACACGCUCCCAAAGUCGAGGCAUUCAAUCUCAAGCAGGAGAUGGAGGAUGGUCAGUUUGAUCAAGAAGGCAACUACGUUCGCAAGGGUGGCGAUCCUGAUGCUGUUCACGACAACUGGUUAGAGGGCCUCAGCAAGAAAGAAAUGAGGAAAGCGGCGGCGGCGCAUGAGAAGCGCGAGGCUGAGGCACGGAAGCAACGUUUGGAAGACGACGAGAUCCUCGUGUCUGAUCUGCUCAAGACUCUGAUCCUCAACCUUGAACGUACUGAGACGCCACUCGAAGCAUUAGCUCGACUUGGUAAAAAGCAAACCAAACCCAAGAAGAUCCCCAAGUGGAAGCUCAAGAAGAUGAAUAAAAAUGCGGAAGGCAUGGAUGUUGACGGUGGCGAGGAAACCGAGGACCCGGAGCAAAAGCAAAUCAAGGCUUCGAUCGAUGCUAUCACAGAAGCAGCAGACAAGCUAUUGAGCCGAGACCAUGAAGAGAUCUACGAAGAAGAAAGGGAGCUUUUAAUCCGCGAAUAUCGUAAGGAGACUGGAGAGGAUUGGGUUGAACCAGAGGCUGCAAAGACAAACGACGAACAUGACGAUGGGGAAAAGACAGCGGUGAAGCCGGGAACCAUGUGGGAGUUCCGAUGGGCAGAUGGACGUGAUGGAAACACCAAACAGGGGCCAUACGACGGGGCUACGAUGAAGGCGUGGAAGGAUGCUGGUUAUUUCCAAGAGGGCGCGGUCGAGUUCCGAGCUGUGGAGGAGGGUCGAGACUGGUCUUUACAUGUCGAUGCCUUUGAGUGA